CGAACAGGGGGACCAUGACUGUGAGAAACCCCUACAAGGUGUUGCUGGAGUGGCGCCGUUGUUGAGUUUGACGUCGUUACUGCCUUGUUUCGAGUUGCCCUGUUGUAUUAUUUGUUAUUUUAUUACCCAAAACGGAGAGGGAGAAGGUCAUGGGGAGGAAAAUGGAAAAAAAGAAAAAGCAGAGACCAAAAGGAAAACAAAAUGGAAUAGAUGGGCUAAUGUGAGGGCGAACGCGAUGAAUCACUUAGGUGGACGCUUUCGAUGGAAGCAUGCACGUCAUCUUCCGCACCAACUGGCAGGCCUGCCCUUAAGAUCGAAGCCAAGGCAUCGAGGCGCUCUGUGUGGCCUAGGGGGUAUUACAGUUCGGGGGAAAGGAUGUCAUGCGGGGGAGGGUAGGUUCAGUUACUUACGCGCAGGGUUUGCGGAGGAUGGUAUGGUACGGCGGAGGACGGACGGUAUGGGCUAUGAGGAUGGAAAGGGAGGCAGACGGGUUGAUCACCUUACAUUCCUUUACUUCCAGCUUGUGGUGAGCGCCAUUCAGAUAGCUGGAAUUCAAUUGAUGCCUGGCUCACUUCUGGUUGUUAUCCGGUUCGCGAAUGUUGCAAACAGCCGGGGCUUGAUCCUUGCAAAGGUACACAAUAUUAACUCACCUGUAACUCCCCUGGAUUCAAGUCCCGAUCUUAUCGGACCAUCUCCCGGCCAAGAGAUGCCAGCCCAUCUAUCCUUAGGGUCGUCAUUGGAACACUAGGUGAAGUAAAGUUCGUCAUCACUCAAUGGAGUCUCACGCCAGCCUUCAACCCCAGAUUGGUG